AUGGUGCGCUCACAUGGACUGCGUAGUAACACCCGCGACAAGUUCGCGAAACCGUUUCGAGGUCAUGGGAAACCUUUGCCCUCCAAGUACUUGACCACCUACAAAGUCGGGGAGUACGUUGACAUCGCAGCUGACUCGUCGAUUCACAAGGGCAUGCCGCACAAGUUCUACCACGGACGCACUGGGCGCGUGUUCGAUGUAACACCGCGAUCCAUCGGGGUCGAGGUCAAUAAGGAGGUGAACGGGCGGAUCCUAGUGAAGCGCAUUCACGUACGGGUUGAACACGUGCGACCGUCCCGCUGUCAGGAGGCUUUCAAGGCGCUCGUGCGAGCCCGGGACGCUGCGCGCAGAGCUGCACGAGCAGCCGGCGAGCCCAAGGUUAUACACGAGAAGCGACAGCCUGCUGGCCCGCGACCUGCACGUGUCGUACAAGUGGGUGCAGGCGGUAUCAAGCACCUGGAAGCAAAGCCGUAUGAGUUCAUCUGCUAG